AUGUUCGUGAUUGACAAAAUAGUAUGGGGUAGCCCUCGGAGCGCCCGCCAAGCCAAGAAAAGGCUUCACGCCUCGAGCCUGAAACAAGACAAUGUUCCCGAGUUUGAUAUUUACAUGCCGCCCGUAAUGACGUUUGGGAUUGACGACAUCAUGGGGCAGUCGCAACCUUCGACAGCCAUUAUGGAUAUUUUCAAGUGCCUUGCCGAGCCCAAGAAACUGCUCAGCCAUCCAGAGGCAGUGAGAACAGUCUUGGACCAGGGAUUCGUUCGAACACCAAAAAUUAUCCAAGUUCCCUUCGGCGCAAUCAAAGAUAGUCCACAGGGUUCACCUCCUCAAAUGUUGCAAGCACUUGGAAAUGUGUUGCCUGCUACUAUCAUGGUGCCCGGAGACGACCAAUGA